AUGACGGUCAAGACCAUCCCCCGUCCAUCGCUCACGGUGGUGGAUAACCGCACCGGCAAAAGCUAUGAGCUUCCCAUCCAGCACAACUCGGUCUUGGCCACCGACAUCAAGAAGAUCAAGGCGCAGUCGCACACCGACCGUGCCGAGGAUGAGACCAGCCAGGGCCUCCGAGUCUACGACCCGGCUUACAUGAACACAGCCGUCGUCCAGAGCAAAAUCACCUACAUUAAUGGCCAGGAUGGCAUCCUCCGAUACCGAGGGUACCCUAUCGAGCAGCUCGUCAACAAGAGCAACUUCCUCGAAUCCGCAUUCCUGCUCAUCUACGGCGAGCUGCCGACCGGCUCGCAGCUCCAGAGCUGGCAAGAUGAGAUCAUGCACCACACGUAUAUCCACAGCGACAUUGAGGGCAUGUUCAAGUCCUUCCGUUAUGACUCUCACCCCAUGUCCAUGAUGACCUCUGCCUUUGCCACCCUGGGCGCCUUUGCCCCAGAAGCGAACCCAUCCCUGCAAGGCCAGAAACUCUACACGGAUGCCGCCACGGGCGAUCCCGCCGCCCUCCAGGUCCUCGACAAGCAGAUUCUCCGCAUCAUCGGCAAGGCGCCCACGCUCGCCGCCGCAUCGUACCGCAUGCGACAGGGCCGGCCCUUCAACCGGCCCGCCCAGGGCUUGUCCUACACAGGCAACUUUCUCUACCUGCUCGACAACCUCUCCGGACACGAGUACCGCCCGCACCCCGUGCUCGAGAGGGCCCUCGACGCCCUGUUCAUCAUCCACGCCGACCACGAAGUCAACUGCUCCACGGCAACCGUCCUCCAGGUCGGGAGCUCGUUGGUCGACCCGUACAGCGCCGUUGCCGCCGGGUGUGCUGCGCUCUACGGCCCGUCCCACGGCGGCGCCUCGGAGAGCGCCAUACGCAUGCUCAUGGAGAUUGGGUCUCCCGAGAACGUGCCCGCCUUCAUGGCCAAGGUGGAGAAGCGGGAGCGCGUCCUCGUCGGCUUCGGCCACCGCGUGUACAAGAACGUGGACCCGCGGUCAAAGGCUAUUCGGCAGCUUGCAGAGGAGGUCUUUGAGGUGACUGGCCGCAACAAGCUCCUCGACACGGCGCUGGCUCUUGCUAAGCUUGCUGGGGAGAGCGACUUUAUGCGCAGCCGAAACCUGUAUCCCAACGUGGACUUUUACUCGGGCCUCAUCUAUCAGGCCAUGGGAUUCCCGCUAGACUUUUACCCCGUCCUGUUCGCAGUGCCCCGGUGUGUUGGCUGGUUGGCGCACUGGCGCCAGCAGAUGCUGAACCCGUCGGGCGUCAAGAUCUGGCGCCCGAGGCAGCUGUAUCUCGGCGAGGGGCAGAGAGACUACGUCCAAGCGGAGAGACGAGGGCAAAAGACGGGCGCUGGAGUGUUCGACGCCCCCUGUCAAGUCAGCCACGGCGGAGACAGCAAGAGGAACAAACUUGCUACUUAUAGGGAUGAAAGGGGUGAAAUUCUCAAGCCGAAGUUAUAG